CGGAUUUUUUUCAUGGCGGAGCUUGUUGUUCGCUGCUAAACUGAGUGGAUUUUUACCUUCUUCAUCAUUAUAUUUCACCCUCUUGAUCCAUUUUCCCUCACUUUGGAUAUUUCGGGUCACCAGCACGAUGACUUCUAAAGCGAAAGGUGGGAAGACUGGCUCCAAGAAUAAGGAGGAUGCACCAUAUGAGCUGGAGAGCCAGUUUGUUCUGAGGCUUCCUUUGGAGUACGCCUCCACAGUGAGACGAAUCGCUCAGUCCAGCAGUAUGAACAUGAAGGACAGACUCACCAUCGAGUUACACCCUGAUGGUCGUCAUGGCAUCGUGCGGGUAGACCGCGUCCCGCUGGCCUGCAAACUGGUGGAUCUGCCCUGCAUGAUCGAAUCACUGAAAACGGUGGACAAAAAGACAUUUUACAAGACUGCUGAUGUUUGUCAGAUGCUGGUAUGUACACUAGAUGGAGACCUUUACCCUCCUUUGGAGGAGCCGACUGGGACCGACCCCAAGAGCAAAAAGAAGGACAAAGACAAGGACAAGAAAUUUGUCUGGAAUCACGGCAUCACCUCCCCCCUGAAGAACACGCGCAAGAGAAGAUUUCGGAAGACUGCGAAAAAGAAGUACAUUGAAUCUCCCGAUGUUGAAAAGGAAGUGAAGAGAUUGCUGAGCACAGACGCCGAGGCCGUCAGUGUCCGAUGGGAAAUCAUAGCAGAGGACGAGUUGAAGGAAGCCGAUCAGCAUGGCUCUUUGGGCAACCUGGACUCCUCGCCUGGGACUUCAGGACACAAGAUGGGUCACGGAUCCACCGCCCCGCGUGACGAGCUGAGGGAGAUCUUCAACGACAUCAGCAGCUCCAGCGAGGACGAGGAGGACGAAGGGGACCGGCACGAGGACGAGGACCUGAAUAUCAUGGACACGGAGGAUGAUCUGGUCCGACAGCUCCAAGACAAACUCAACGAGUCGGAUUCUGCGCAGCAUGAAAGCGACAGGAACAGCCAGAUAGUUAUGGAGUACCAGGUGCAGAUCAACAGCAUCAAGGCCAAGCUUCAGGAAACCCGCACCCGAAAGAAACAGCAGGAGGAGCUCAUCAUGAGAGUGGAUAACCAGGCCCUCAAAAACCGCCUCCAACCCGUUCUGGAUGAGAUUAUUCAGCAGGAGGAGCAGGAGAUGGAGCAGCUGGCCUCGCUGCAGGAGCAGCUGGACUCACUCAUAGAAAAGUGACCACCAGGGGGCAGUCUCAUGUCGUCUUGAAGAGGAGGAGGAGGAGGAGGAGGAGGAGGAGAGCCUUCAUCCUGGGAGGAGGGAGACUUUAUCAACGGACUUGCUGUGUCACUCUUCUGAGUUUUUCUUUUUCAUAUAUUCCCCUCACUGCAUAGCAAUUAUUCUCCCAAAAGUUAGUUUUUCUUUUUUUAAAAAUGUGAUAAAAAAACAUUGUUACCGUAUGAAUAAACUGUUUUGUUUUCA